GUCGUAAUAUUGCCUAAAUAUUUUACAUAUUUAUGUUAAUUUUUCUUGUACCGAUGAACGUAAAGCACCAAAAAAAAUGCAAAGUUUUGACCUGUGGGCGCUGUACUACAUACAGGUCCGCUUGCCGAAAGGGAAGCAGCACAACUGCGAUGUCACACGAUGGAGCAGGACGCUGCGUCGUAGGCUGGGCUGUACCACAAAAGACCUCGUCGACGCCUGCCGCGAGGACGAGCUUUCAGACGUUUGAAACGACUUGUGGCCCCGUUGGCCCCCGAGCCUCUCUGCGUCCGACCCAGUCUAGCCACAAGCAAUGCGCGACUAGCGAUGACGACGCUCCCUGAAAAGUUUGGGGGGUCGGAGGCACGUGUGGCGUCGUCUGGAACGCAGGGCGGCCCGUGGUUCCGCGACUCGAUCACGCAUCUUGCCGAUGAAGACUUGAAGGGCUUCGUCAUCAUAAUGAACGAGGGGGUUUUGGGCAGCGUCUGGACAACCACGUGCGACGAGUACCCCACCUUCAUGACCAUCUACAACGGCGUCGCCGCCCACCCCGCUGUUGCCGCGUGGAAACGUGCCCAAGAGCACUACAAACCGUUGUCGGUGUUGGGAGGCAUGGUCAACUGUGUUAUUCACGCACGUCCUGUCGAGUGAAACGACGGCGUCGUUCGCCCAACGCUUGGCGGACACAAUCGGAAGCAGGGGCGAACAAGAGCUGCCAUUGAGUUCGACGUGCGCUGCCGCCACUCGUGCGCGAAGGGGGGGGAGCGUAGUGAUCACUUGGACCGCACAUUGAAACGUAGGGGACAUUUCCAUCGCAACAUGGACCUCGAUAUGGACCGCAAUACACCCACGACGCGUUGCCGCGCCCGCCAUACUACACAAUGCCGAGGGUGCGGUCUUGGCGAGGCGUAAGCAGCUCCACACGGGAUGCGACAACCACAUCCGCCACGAUGUGGACAAGACUCCCUACACUCGGACACAUCCACGCUACCUUUCGCCAGUCUUUCCAACAGGUGCGGUCGACCGCACGACGUCCCUCCAUCCGCAGGGGAGCCGACUGCCGGGCUUGGAUCGCAACUCUUCGUAAACAGCGGCCACGUUCUCGAAGGUUCGCGGCGUCGCCGAUUGCGUUUUCGAAAGAUG